AUGGCGAUACACCGUUCGUUCGGUUAUGGUUUGUUACGCGGACUGAAUCGGGCUCCUCAUCAACAACAGUUCCAUGAUGUAUGGAAAAUCAUUUGGCGGAUUAAUGCUCCUCCUAAAGUGGUUAACUUUAUUUGGCGUGCUUUGCGAGGGAUAUUAUCCCUACCGGAGGUGUGGUUGAGGUCAGCGGAAGUUUGGGCUUCGAGAGGCCGGUUACAUGCGCGAGUAGAUGGAGCGACCUCUGUUGCGGGCGGUCUACUAUGCGACGAGUUGUCAAGUGGGAAUGUCCUCCGUUGGGAUGGAUUAAAUGUAAUGUUGAUGCUUGCUACUUUUUCAAAAGAAGGAGCUAUUAGUGGCGUGUUCCGAAAUGAGCGGGGAAGAUUUAUGGGUGGCUAUGUUAAGGUGUUGGGUUCGUUUACAAGAUCUCGCUAUUAUUGA